UCUCUUUUUCUGGAUCCCUGCAUUUUCCUUGUGCUUUGUUGUAUGCGUGACCUAACUCCCCAAAUUCUUGUGAUUUUGUUGGAUUGUUCUCGGUAGUAUCGAUCAAAGAUUAGGAUUUGGUAGGGUUUUGGAAUUUGGUUGUGUGUUUUGGGAAUUGUGGGCAAGAGAGCUGAAUAAUGAAGAGAAAUUGUAGGAUUUGGUUCCCUAAGCUGCUUCCAUCAACUGAUGAUUCGACACACAGUCGUAUGUUAUUUGGGUGGUUCGUAUCACAUUCCUCUUCUUGUCUUGACGUUGUUGUGGCAUUCAUCUCUGAUGAAAUCUCCUUGUGCAAUGGCGGAUCUAGGCUCCAAGACCUACUCCAUGAAACAAAUGAGAAGAUGCCAUCAAAUCUGCGGGAGAAGACGACAUUUACGCUUCUUGGUCGUUAUGAUAUAUGCCUUAAUGCAAAUGGAAUCUCAUCCAAGAUUACAACAGACAAAGAUAGUUUUUGCAGAUAUAGUAGCCUAAGCUGUGGCUGUCAUAAAGUUGAUGGCUUAUUAGAGGGUUUCAGGAAAGAUUCUGUGAGUAGUCACUGGAUUCAUAUUGUGCACGAUUCUUCGGAGCGUAGAAUUAUGGAAUUCGAUUCAAGUUCUAGAUUGCAUCAUAUUCAUUGGAAUGGGGAUAUUGUAUCUCAAUGUGAUGUACACGUUAUAGUCUAUGACGCUCCAGUGUUUGGUUCUCACCAUUUCUCGUUAAGCUUUUGGAAUUCUUCUCCUCAGUCAAAAGCUCCUGUUAAGAAACCCAAUUGGGUUAUUGAUCUUCACAAGAGGCAACCUUUGAAUGAAAUGGAGACUGUGAUUCUUUCUAUAAAUUGCGCCUCAGCUGCCAAGAUUGCCUAUAAGAAGCUAUUCACGCAGCUGGAGACUUCUUCACGGAACUUUUCUAUUAGUUACUUGAUAUCUUCUUUGACAUGGUGGUUACUCGCCACAAUUUUAAGCUCUUCAUCAAGUCUAUAUUAUAGCCUUAUCCAGUUAUUCUAUGUACUUUCAAGUUUCCCGAUUUUCUCAUGGGUACAUAUAGCAUCAAGGAGAAUACUCAAGAAUACAUGGAUCAACUUCAGAGUACGCAGUUGUCAGAUCUUAUAUUGGCCAAUAUUCCUUCAAGAGAAUGACAUGACGUCCAUAUCCUGUGUGGAACAUGCAGAGAAAGCUGCUCUGCAAAGACAUUCUACAUGGUCGGCCAUGGCUGUUGAUCUUGUUUUGGGGAACUUGAUUGGUCUAGGACUAUUGUUUAACACCGGAUCUGUCUGCUCGUGGAUUUUCAACUUUGCAAAGGAGUUUACUAAUGAUAUCUUGCGAUCCGGUUGUCUGUGGUUGAUGGGAGUCCCAGCGGGUUUUAAGCUAAACACAGAAUUGGCUGGAGUUUUAGGCAUGGUAUCUCUUAAUGUAAUCCAGAUAUGGUCUACUCUCUGGUUCUUCAUGGCUUCUUUCAUCUUUUAUUUGAUAAGAGCAAUAGCGAUCAUGGGAAUUACCUUUGGUGCAACAGUAUCUGCUGCCUUUGUCAUAGAUGCUAUUACUUUUGCAACACUUCAUAUAACUGCUCUUCAUUGGGCAAUCACACUUGUGUACUCUCACCAAAUUCAAGCUUUGGCGGCUUUAUGGAGACUUUUCAGAGGAAGAAAAUUGAAUCCUCUGCGUCAAAGGUUGGACAGCUAUGGUUACACUGUGAAGCAACAUGUGGUGGGCUCUCUUCUGUUCACUCCUCUUCUGCUUCUCUUGCCAACAACUUCAGUUUUCUACAUCUUUUUCACCAUUACGAGCACUACAAUCAACUCCAUAUGUAUGUUGAUUGAAUUCACCAUCUCUAUCAUCCAUGCAACACCGUAUGCCGAGAUUAUGAUGUGGCUUUUUAGGCGUAAAAGAUUCCCGUCUGGUGUUUGGUUUGAAAUUGAACACUAUGGAAAGAAUGUCCUCAAUUCCUCGAAUGAUGAUUUUGAAGACAGAAGCAAUACAGCAUCCAAUAGUCGACGAGAAGAACAUAACAUUCCUGAGAAGAAACCAUUUCUAAUGGUUUCCAAUCUCCGCAGCAAUUUUUUAAGCAUAGAUUCUUUUGCCUCACUAUACAACAAUGUUUUCAGGAAUAUCAGCUUCUUCUCUGACUACAUCAGCUCGUGGAGUCCUCAGUGGGAAAAGAAUGCCAUCAAAACUGGGGCUUGAUCUCCCUCCUUCAAGACCAUGGAUGCACAUGCCAUUGAGACAGUACUGGAUCCUAUGCCAUGAUUCCAUCAUCUCAUCCGCGGGAAACGGUUAAUUUCCCAAGUAAUCAUUGGAAAAUAUGGAGUCCUUUAUAAAUGUUGGGGUCUUAUAUCUUGAUUUUGUUAAGCAGUAAAGUAAUAGUUAUUACAUCUAUGAACUUGGUAUAUCAGCUUUAUUUCAGGUUUAACUAUGUAUUGUUUCUGUUUGAUAUUAUAUUGCGCGUCUAA